AUGAUCGCCACUCGACAGCUUGUUUCUGUUUACCAACAACCAACGUCGACAGGAAUGCGCCUGAAAAUCCCUUUAACAAUGGAUGAUGUCAUUGGUGGUAUUGAUGCAGAAAUUACAGAUGUGGAAGAAGCGCUUAUGCACCAAAUCGGUGCCAGAGAGGUACCCUUUGCCGGAAUGGACAAAAGUGGCCGAGGUGUAUGUUUAAAGCAUGUGCAGGGCACAUGUACGAUGAAUUUGGUCUGUCCUCUCCGACAUAUUGUUGGAGAUAAGGCCGUUGUUUGUAAACAUUGGCUUAGAGGUCUUUGCAAGAAGGGUGACCAAUGCGAAUUCCUUCAUGAAUAUGAUCUCACAAAAAUGCCGGAAUGCUUCUUCUUUUCGAAAUAUAUGGCGUGCAGUAAUCGCGAAUGUCCUUUUCGACAUAUUGAUCCUGAGACGAAAAUGAAAGAUUGUCCUUGGUAUGACCGAGGAUUCUGUCGCCAUGGACCAUACUGUAAGCAUCGCCAUCGCAGACGUAUGAUUUGUCCCAACUAUAUUGCCGGAUUUUGUCCUGAUGGGAAAGAGUGUAAGUUUACCCACCCAUCUUUCGCACUGCCAGCUCCAGAGAACCCUGUGGCGAACAACAAGCGGUUGUUUAAUCACCAAAUCAUCUGUCACAAUUGUCACGAACGUGGCCAUAAAGCUACACAUUGUCCGCAUUUGCCAACUCAACAAGCUAAACAAUCCGAUUCGAAUCCGAUGACGAACCGAGCGACAACCACCGUGCAACCUGUUGAUCUCUCACUGUUUCCUGACAAGAAGAGUUUGUCGGAAGUAACUUGUUAUAAGUGUGGUGAAAAAGGUCACUAUGCGAACCGUUGCCACAAAGGUGCGCUGGCUUUCCUGUCGAACACUGCUCAUCUGGCGCAAGAACAGCGAGAAAAGGAUGAACGGGAAGGAAGAUACCUCCCAGGAGCGUACAUGGGUCAGCCGAGCUUGAAUCCCAGGACAGGUUGA